ACGCGUAACCAAGCACUUAUCCAGCUUUCUAUCCCCACAUCAGCGACUCGAAACCAGUCGUUUUUACAAGCAGCUAAACAGUCAAGUGAUAAAAGCAAUCUACACGUGCAUACCGACUAAAAUGUCUGAACCUCCAUCCUACACCGACUCGAUAGCGACGAAGGCGCUAAACCUGCCGGUGUUUGCUCAUCUCAAGGGCAAGCGGGUGAUUCUGGCGUCUGGCUCGCCGAGACGGAAGGAGCUGUUGCAGCAGAUCGGGCUGACAGAGUUUGAGGUUGUCAAGUCUGACUUUGCGGAGGAUUUGGAUAAAAAAUCGAUGAGUGUUUACGAGUAUGUUAAGGAGACAGCGAGUCAAAAAGCCAUAACAGUCUACCAGCGCGAAAUCGAAGCCGGCCAGGAGCCCGCGCUGGUUAUCGCCGCCGACACAGUGAUCCUAUCGAAGAACAUGAUUGUCGAGAAACCAAAGUCGUCGAUGGACCAUUUCCGAAUGCUACAGUCUCUCCGGGACGAGAAGUUCCCCCACCGAGUCUUUACCGCCGUAGCUUGCAUCGCGCCACUGGAGCAGCCGGUUUAUCCUGGAUACAAUCUGCAGUCGCAUACCGAGGAGACCCAGGUAUAUUUCGACAAGGACGUCUCGGACGAGUUUCUGAGUGCGUACGUGGCAGAUGGAGAAGCGAACGAUGCGGCGGGUGGUUAUUGUAUCCAGGGAAAAGGAGCUUUGAUGAUUGACCAGAUCGUUGGGGACUACAACAACGUCGUGGGACUGCCUCUGAAGUCGUUGGUGAAGCUUAUCGAGAAGACUAUUUAUCCGGAAGACGAUGAUUUCGAGGAUGGAAUGUGAGGCCUCUGAAACACGUUUUUGCUUAAAGUAUACGAUGUACAUAUAACGAAUAUCAUUUUUCCGACUUGGCUU